AUGACAAACAUCCGCAAAUCACACCCACUAUUCAAAAUUAUCAACGACUCACUGAUCGACCUACCCGCCCCAUCAAGUAUUUCCUCAUGAUGAAACUUCGGCUCACUACUAGGCAUCUGCUUAGCCAUCCAAAUCCUAACAGGAUUAUUCCUAGCUAUACACUACACUUCAGACACAACAACCGCUUUCCAAUCCGUGACCCAUAUCUGCCGAGACGUAAAUUACGGAUGAAUUCUGCGUUAUUUACAUGCUAACGGAGCAUCCAUAUUCUUCAUCUGCCUAUUCUUACAUGUAGGCCGAGGCCUCUACUACGGAUCUUAUAUCUACAAAGAAACCUGAAACGUAGGUGUUAUUCUCCUAUUUGCCGUAAUAGCAACAGCCUUCAUGGGAUACGUACUCCCAUGAGGCCAAAUAUCAUUCUGAGGGGCAACAGUCAUUACCAAUCUACUCUCAGCAAUCCCCUAUAUCGGGACGAACCUAGUAGAAUGAAUCUGAGGAGGAUUCUCAGUAGACAAAGCCACCCUAACACGAUUCUUCGCUUUCCACUUCCUCCUCCCAUUUAUCAUCUCAGCCCUAGUUUUAGUCCACCUUCUCUUCCUUCAUGAAACCGGCUCGAACAACCCAACAGGAAUCCCAUCAGACUCAGACAUAAUUCCAUUUCACCCAUAUUACACAAUCAAAGACAUACUAGGCGCAUUAGCCAUAGUCCUAGCACUCUUAAUAUUAGUCCUGUUUUCUCCCGAUCUCCUGGGGGACCCAGACAACUAUAUCCCGGCCAACCCAUUAAACACCCCUCCACACAUUAAGCCAGAAUGAUACUUCCUGUUCGCGUACGCCAUUUUACGAUCUAUCCCCAACAAACUUGGAGGAGUCCUAGCUCUAGUCCUAUCAAUCCUAAUCCUAAUUCUAAUGCCACUCCUACACACAUCAAAACAACGAAGCAUAAUAUUCCGACCACUCAGCCAAUGCAUAUUCUGACUCUUAGUGGCCGAUCUACUAACACUAACCUGAAUCGGCGGACAACCCGUCGAACACCCAUUUAUCAUUAUCGGCCAACUAGCAUCCAUCCUAUAUUUCCUUCUUAUCCUAGUCCUGAUACCUAUUACAAGCAUCGUAGAAAACCAUCUCCUAAAAUGAAGG